ACAGAGCAGUGUAAACAAGAAAAAAACACACAAAUGGAUCCGUCUUUUCUCUGGCCGCCGAUCUCCGGAUUCUCGCCGGAAUAUUCCCUCGAAUCUCCGCCGGAAUCUUACUCCUCCUCUCCUUCUUCUUUCAACAACUACUCUCUCCCCUUCAACGAAAACGAUUCUGAAGAAAUGCUUCUCUACGGCCUAAUCGAGCAAGCGGUUCAGCAAAAUCCCGGUUCCGGUUAUCCAAACCCGAACCGGGGAAUCAAGAUGGAGGAGGUUUCUUCGAGCGAGGAAGAGAUAAAGAGCUCGAGAGACGAUCGGGAGAAGUCGUACAGAGGAGUUAGACGCCGGCCAUGGGGGAAAUUCGCGGCGGAGAUAAGGGAUUCGACCCGAAACGGCGUUCGCGUUUGGCUCGGCACGUUCGAUAACGCGGAGGACGCCGCCAUGGCGUACGACCAGGCGGCGUUUGCCAUGAGAGGGUCGUCGGCGAUACUGAAUUUUCCGGCGGAGAGAGUUCAAGAAUCGCUCAAGGAAAUGGGGUGCAGCUACGAGGAAGGGUCUUCUCCGGUGGUGGCGUUGAAGAGGAAGCACUCAAUGCGGCGGAGGAACAAUGGCCGGAAAAUAAAAGAGACGGAUUCCGAUCACCGGAGAAACGUGGUUGUGUUCGAGGAUUUGGGGGAAGAGUAUCUUGAGGAGCUUUUGGGUAGUUCUCAAAGUAUUGGGCCUUCGUAAAAUAUUUAAGAACUUAUGGGGCGGAUAUUUGUUAUUAGGAAGAACCCCUGAGUUUUUAAGGGUUUUUAAUUUCACCCCCAAUAUUCGUGAAUGUGUUUUGUAAUAUAGCAAUGCAAAAAAAAAAAAGACUAG